ACUGGAUCCACUACUGGCCCAAGAAUACUGAUGAGAAACCUUGUCUGGAUUGGGUCGGAAGCUGGAAUUCGGUGCUGUGCAGACCAGUGCUCAAAAUUGUGGUUAUUUUUGAGGACUCGCCUUCAAUCCAGAACAUUUGAGUUUCACCUUCCUCGCCCAGAUUCAGUUAACAAGCGCACCAUCCUGGGAAGUGCAUGUCUCAGACCAACUCCACCUUCACCUUCACCACCUGUCGCAUUCUGCAUCCUUCAGAUGAGCUCACUCGGGUCACACCAAGCCUUAACUCAGCCCCAACUCCAGCUUGUGGCAGCUCCAGCCACUUGAAAUCCACGCCAGUGGCCACCCCAUGCACUCCACGGAGACUGAGCCUGGCUGAGUCCUUCACUAACACCCGUGAGUCCACGACCACCAUGAGCACAUCCCUAGGGCUCGUGUGGCUGUUGAAGGAGCGGGGCAUUUCUGCGGCUGUGUACGACCCCCAGAGCUGGGACAGGGCCGGCCGGGGCUCUCUCCUGCACUCCUACACACCCAAGAUGGCUGUGAUCCCCUCUACUCCGCCGAACUCGCCUAUGCAGACACCCACAUCCUCCCCACCCUCCUUUGAGUUCAAGUGCACGAGCCCUCCCUACGACAACUUCCUGGCUUCCAAGCCGGCCAGCUCCAUCCUGAGGGAAGUGAGAGAAAAGAACGUCCGCAGCAGUGAGAGCCAGACCGACGUGUCCGUCUCCAACCUCAACCUCGUGGACAAAGUCAGGAGGUUUGGGGUGGCCAAAGUGGUGAACUCAGGGCGAGCCCAUGUCCCCACCUUGACUGAGGAGCAGGGACCUCUCCUCUGUGGGCCCCCGGGGCCGGCACCAGCCCUUGUCCCCAGAGGCCUGGUACCUGAGGGCCUGCCCCUCGGAUGCCCCACUGUCACCAGUGCCAUCAGUGGGCUGCAGCUGAAUAGUGGCAUCCGGCGGAAUCGCAGCUUCCCCACCAUGGUGGGAUCUAGCAUGCAGAUGAAAGCCCCCGUGACUCUCACCUCGGGCAUCUUGAUGGGUGCUAAGCUCUCCAAACAAACUAGCUUACGGUGAGGACUGGAGGGGGCCGGUUGCCCUGGAGGAGACCCAUGUUCUUCUCUCUUGCUCCCACCUCCCUCUCUUCCCCCUACAGUGCACUUCCUCCCUCUGCCCUUCUCCGUCCACCCCCUCCUGAGCUAGACAAAUCAACCUCGUGCCUAAUGGAGGAAGAGUGGAACCUUUGUAAAAUGUGUACAUAGGACUUGGAGACCUCGUGUCCGCCCUGCUCUUUCUUCCGAUCCCACAGGAAGUGCCCCUGCACUGUCAUCACUCUCACGAGGACGUCACCUGUGCUAACCUGGGGGAAGGUGGGGUCCUUUCUUCUUUCCUUUUGAGAAGCACUGAAACUCCCAAGUGUGUUCUUAUCCCAUGGAUAGGAAACCAGUGAAUUCCGUGGCUGGCACACCACGAGCUGUCAACGCGGCACGGGUCAUAACAUAUCUGGGUGUCAUCGGACACCUCGCCUCACCCACCCUGUAGGAGCGUAAGGAGCCUCCAUCCUCAGCCACGUGCCGCUGACGUGGCUUUCCUGAUCGGAGGGCUUUUCUUUCUUUUAUGGGUGGCCCAGCUUCUUCAAGACCUUCACUACUCUGCCUCAGUGGACAGUCGUUUCCUUUCUGAGGUGUGACCUUUUGUUUUCAUGCCUUCCCCUUGAAGUCAUCCUGUGUUUUGUAAUCAGCUGUCAGGCCAAAUGUCUGACCCGAAAGAGAAUGUAUUUACACUAGUGCUGCGUUCAGCAGCCCCUCUGUGUUCUGUGUGAUUUGUUUUACUUUUCCUUUUUUUAAAAAAUAUAUAUGCAGGGAGGUAAUGGUACUGGUAGUGUAUGUUUUCUGUGUGGUUCAAAUAUGAAUUUCAAACACACCAAGCCGCUAAUGAGAUAGCAGCUUUUUUCUGGGACCCAGAGUCACAACCAAAUUGAUUUAAGACCAGACCCAAGACACCUUUAACAGUAAGACUGAAAGGAAAAAGGAUAGGGAAAAAGCUUAUUUAAAGAAAUGUGUCAACACCAAAUGUAGAGGGGAAGAACCACAACCAGGCAUAAUACCAAACUGGUUCCGGGGGAAGCAAGGCUUUGGCAUUCCACUGGCUCCAGCGCUUCCUCCAAAACCCAAGACUGGCCAGGGUGCUGUCACCGUGCAGUCUUUGAUUGCAGCCAUUCAGUGCCCACGUUUUGCCUUCUUGUUUCAGAAGAGCACGUGGUCACAACAAAGUAUUUUCUUUCCCUCCAAAGCCUUUUGUCUCCUUGUGCCACUUUUUAUCCUUAGGAAAAGAUCCAGGUGCUUGUGAAAAGAACCAUGAAUGCAACAAGGGAGGCUGGUCCUGUUGCUGUCGCCGAUGAAAUUUUUAACUUUUAUUUAUUAUUUAUGUCUGCCGUAUUUUAAAUAAACAUUCUCGUUCCUUCCAGUUCCAGUCAUAGUGUGUCUGUGGCAUUCCAGUCCAACCACGUAACUUAUUUAUUCUAAUUUGAGGGCUGCACUGUACAUCAUGGUGUCCCGUGACACUGUGUUCCAGACAUUUAUGGAAGGAAAACAUCCCACGUAAAUGAAACUGUCGUUCUGUGUCCUCCCUCGCAGCAGCAGAUGUGUCCUUCCAUUGAGUGAGGGUGACCUUAUGUCCAGCAGGGGAUACUUUGAGAAAGCCCCUAAGGAGCAAGCCUCAGUCCCACGGUUUCAGACUAUUUAUUCUCUGAACACAAGAGUAUUGGUUAAUUACGUUCUCAGCUCUCCUUGCUGUUACAUGUGUGCACUCACUGCAAGUAACUUAUAUCUUUUUAUUUGAAUGUAUUUUAAAGCGGUAGAUAGAAUAACAAAGGAAUAUGAAAACCAUGGACUGAAUGGACCAUUUUAUGUAUUCAGAGAGAGGAGCCACUCAUCGUUGCCAGAUAUACCAUGUAAAAAUUGGCAGUUCAGAGGUUGCAAUAUUUAGUAUAGUAAAUAAAUAAACGAUCAACAUUGUGCAACCACUACCAAAAAGUGUGUUGUAAUGCAUCAAAAAUCAACAAAAUUUUAUUCACUAAUGAGUAUCAAUAAAAUAAGUUCAAAUGAUGGAAACCA